AUGUCUUCGUCUCCUUCGCCCUCUCUCCGUAAGAGAGGCGGAAAGAAGGAAGCUUCUCCUGCGCCGUUGGAUGGCGGUGCCUCUCCUUUUUCUCAAUCCGCAACCCCCAAGCCUAAGUCAGAAUGGGAUUAUCGGCUGGCCAUAACCGUUCUGACCGUGCUGGCAUUCGUCACUCGAUUCUAUAAGAUCUCAUACCCCGCGGAAGUAGUGUUCGAUGAAGUACACUUCGGCAAGUUCGCAUCCUAUUACCUACAACGCACCUACUUCUUCGAUGUGCACCCCCCGUUCGGCAAGCUUCUCUUCGCUUUCAUGGGCUGGUUGGUCGGUUAUGACGGCCACUUUCUGUUCGAUAACAUCGGCGACUCGUACGUCGAGCACAAUGUCCCUUACGUGGCUCUCCGUGCCAUGCCCGCAACUCUCGGCGCCUUGACCGUCCCGGUGGUGUUCUUGAUCAUGUGGGAGUCUGGAUAUUCGUUGCCUGCCUGUGUUCUGUCUGCUGGCCUUGUUCUGUUCGACAAUGCGCACAUUGGUGAAGAUCGGCUCAUUCUCUUGGAUGCCAGCUUGGUCCUUACCAUGGCACUGAGCAUUCUCUGCUACGUCCGCUUCUACAAGCUGCGCCACGAGGCUUUCGGCCGAAAGUGGUGGAAGUGGCUCUUGAUGACCGGUGUUUCUCUCAGCUGCGUUAUCUCCACCAAGUACGUCGGAGUGUUCACUUUCGUCACCAUUGGAGCCGCCGUGUUGGUCGACUUGUGGAACUUGCUGGACAUCCGCCGUGCCAACGGUGCGUUGAGCAUGGUCGAGUGGACCAAGCACUUCGUGGCCCGUGGUUUUGCUCUCAUCGUUGUCCCUUUCUUCUUCUAUUUGUUCUGGUUCCAGGUCCAUUUCGCCAUUCUCACCCGUUCCGGCCCUGGCGACGACUUCAUGACCCCUGCUUUCCAGGAAACCCUCAGCGACAAUGCCCUGUCCGCGCAGUCAGUCAACAUUCAAUACCAUGAUGCCAUCACCAUCCGACACAAGGAUACCAAGGUACUCCUGCACAGUCACUGGGAGACGUAUCCUCUCCGCUAUGACGAUGGCCGUAUCUCUAGUCAGGGCCAACAGGUGACCGGAUAUCCGUACAACGACACCAACAACCAGUGGGAGAUCAUUCCGACCGUUCCUUUGGAACUUAAUGAAGGCGAAGGCCACAAUGUGCACAACGGUGAUGUUGUUCAGCUCCGUCACCUAGGCACCGACACCUUCCUCCUGACGCACGACGUUGCCUCUCCCUACUACCCGACGAACCAGGAAUUCACCACCGUCUCCCAGGAAGUGGCCAAUGGCGACCGACGCAACGACACCCUGUUCGAAAUCAAGAUCGAAAACGGCAAGUCUAAGCAGGAGUUCCGAACCCUUUCAAGUCACUUCAAGUUGGUCCAUGUUCCUACUCGGGUGGCGAUGUGGACUCACACCACUCCCUUGCCGGAGUGGGGAUUCAAGCAGGCCGAGAUCAACGGAAACAAGAACGUUCUCCAGAGCAGCAACUUGUGGUUCGUGGACUCUAUCGAGUCGCUGGAAGAAGACAGCCCCCGCAAGCACAAGGAAGAGCGCAAAGUCAAGCAGCUGCCCUUCCUGCGGAAGUACCUGGAGCUCCAGCGAGCGAUGUUCUUCCAUAACAACGCUCUGACUAGUAGCCACCCGUACGCCAGCGAGCCCUUCCAGUGGCCCUUCCUCUUGCGCGGUGUCAGCUUCUGGACCAAGAACGAUACCCGGGAGCAAAUUUAUUUCUUGGGUAACCCCAUCGGAUGGUGGAUUGCUAGCAGCCUGUUGGCGGUGUUUGCCGGUGUCAUUGGAGCUGACCAAUUGUCCCUUCGUCGUGGAGUGGACGCCGUUGAAGAAAUUUGGGGCCCUGGAGCACGAUCUCGUCUGUACAACAGCACCGGUUUCCUGUUCCUCUGCUGGGCAGCUCACUACUUCCCCUUCUGGCUGAUGGGUCGUCAACGUUUUCUGCACCACUACCUGCCCGCCCACCUCGCCUCGGCGCUCGUGACGGGUGCGCUGGUUGAAUUUAUCUUCAACCUCCAGCCAAUUUCCGUUGGACAGGGCUCGACCGACGGCGAAGACGACCCUUCAGGCAAGGCUAAGGCCUCCACUUCUGUCCGCCACUUCGUUACCGCCAAGGAGCGCAUGGGCACCAAGUCCUUCGUCGCUGGGUGGAUUGCGACCCUGGUCAUCUUGGCAUUCACUUUCUGGGGAUUCUGCUUCUACGCUCCCUUGACGUACGGCACCCCCGGGCUGGAUGCCGACGGUGUGAACGCACGCAGAUGGCUGGGCUACGAUCUGCAUUUCGCUAAAUAA